AUGGCUACGAACGGCACAAACGGCGCCAAUGGUGCCAAGGCCAACACCAGCAAGUUCGACCCUAACUUCACGGAACAUGUCAUCGGCCUCAUGAGCCCGGAGACCAAGCCCAGACACAGAGAGGUUCUCACCUCUCUGAUCAGCCAUCUGCACGACUUCUGCCGAGAAGUCGAGCUCACCCAAGAGGAGUGGAUCAUCGGCGUCAACUACAUCAACGCCAUCGGCCAGGCCUACAAGAAGAACCGAAAUGAGGCGUGGAGAGUGUGCGACAUCCUGGGUGUCGAAUCCCUCGUUGAUGAGAUCAACCACAAGAUUGUCACUGAGCAUGAUCUUUCCCCCACAUCUUCCACCAUUCUGGGACCUUUCUGGUCGCCGGAGACGCCCUUCAGAGAGCUCGGCGACAGCGUCGUCCUCAACAUGCCCAAGGACGGCCAGUUCACCUACUUCCACGGUGUGAUCAGAGACGCAGACACCAACAAGGGCAUCCCGAACGCCGUCUUCGACAUGUGGCAGGCCAGCACCAACGGCAAGUACGACGUCUUUGACCCGGAGAACCAGACCCGCCACAACCUGCGCGGCAAGUUCCGCACCGACCAGGACGGCAAGUUCUGGUUCUACUGCCUGAAGCCCACUGAGUACGCCAUCGACACCUCCGGCCCCUCGGCCGACCUGCUGAAGAUCAUGGGCCGCCACCCUUACCGCCCCGGCCACAUCCACUGCAUGGUUACCCACGACGACUACAUUGGCGUCACCGCCCAGCUGUACUCCCGCGACGACCAGUACCUGGAGACCGACACCGUCUCCGCAGUCAAGGACGACCUGCUCCUGGACUUCAAGCCCAUUCAGAACGACCCCAAGGGCGCCAUUCUGGAGGUCGAGUACGACAUCCGUCUGCUGUCGAAGAAGUACAAGCCGGACUCCACCAUGUUGAUGCAGAACGCAAACCAGAACAAGUUCUGA